ACAGGAGGGGCGGUGCACCAGGCAGCAUGGCGGCCGCCAUGGCACUGAGCGGCGGGAUGCGCUACGGGCCCUGUUCCCGGCAGCUGCUGGGGCCGAGCGCCCACGGGCGGCUCGUGCGGCCGGCGGUCUGCGGAGGGAGCGCGGCGCCGGCCUCCAGCCGGCCCGGCCCGGGGGGAGAGGUGCGGUACUGCGCCGAGCUGCUGCGGAAACGUGACUAUGAAGGGUUUCUGUGUUCUCUAUUGUUGCCGGCAGAAUCCCGCACCUCUGCUUUUGCACUGAGAGCCUUCAACGUUGAACUGGCCCAGAUUAAAGACUCCAUAACACAGAAGACCAUAGGUUUGAUGCGAAUGGAGUUUUGGAGGAAAGCUGUGGAAGAUAUAUACUGUGAUAACCCACCACAUCAGCCAGUUGCUAUAGAACUGUGGAAGGCUGUCAAGAGACAUAACUUGACUAAAAGGUGGCUUCUGAAGAUUAUUGAUGAAAGAGAGAAAAAUUUGGAUGACAGAGCAUAUCGCAACAUCCAGGAACUUGAAACAUAUGCUGACAACACUCAUAGCGCUCUCUUGUAUCUUACCUUGGAAAUGCUGGGUGUGCGGGAUAUCCAUGCAGACCAUGCAGCCAGUCACAUUGGGAAAGCACAAGGCAUUGUCACCUGUUUAAGAGCAACUCCUUAUCAUAGUAAAAGACAAAAGGUCUUUCUUCCUAUGGACAUUUGUAUGUUGCAUGGAGUUUCGCAAGAAGAUUUCAUAAGAGCCAAUCGAGAGAAAAAUCUGAGAGAUGUAAUUUACAACAUUGCCAGCCAGGCACACGUUCAUCUAGAACAUGUUCAAUGAGCUGUACACCUUGAUUUAAAAAUAAUGCAGCUGUAGUUUAUGCUCCAGUCCUGCAGUCAGAUCUGUCGUCUCAGACCCCUACAGCCAUGCAGAGCCCCAUAGAAAUCAGUGGGGCUUUGCCCAGACUGAGGGGUCUGAGCUAGUGGAUCUGAUUGCAGCAUUGGAACCCAAGACUAUGUCUACACUACAGAUGCUAUAGCUACAGUGCUGCAGCUGUUCUGUGGGGGUGCCACAGUAUAGAUACUUGAUACAGUGAGGGAAGUGGUUUUUCCAUUGCUGUAGUUACAGCUGGUAGUUAGGUUGAUGGAAGAAUUUUUCCGAUGACCUAGUGGUGUCUACACUUAGGCGUAGGUUGGCUCUGUCUCUCUUAAGGGUGUGAAUUUUUUGUACCGCUGAGUGACAUAGCUAGGUCAACUUAUGUUUUUGGCAUAGACCAGCCCUAAGUUAUUUAAUUAUGAUGUGGAGACCAGAAGUCAGCCCCCCUCAUACAUUGCUAACAGGAAUAAAAGUAGUAAAACCAUAUUUCUUAUAUUAAACAAGCAGAACACAUGGGGAGCAGAUCUGUGGAAUAAAA